GUCGGGGGCGGGGCCGCGGCUCCUGUCAGCGGGUGAAAUGGCAGCGGCGGAGCCGGCGGCGGCCGCGGUCCCGGGGGGCGGCUGAGGGGGCCGGGCCGGGGCUGCGGGGCGAGCGGCGCGACGGGGGUCCGGAGGCGCGGCCCGGGACGGCCAGGCGAGGCACGGCGAUGGCGGCGUGCUCGGCGCAGACAGAACUGUGACCCGGCCCCAGCUCACGGCUGACAAAGCUGCCCGCCAUGGCCAGCCCCACUCUGAGCCCCGACUCCUCCUCCCAGGAGGCCCUGUCGGCCCCCACCUGCUCCCCGACCUCGGACUCGGAGAACCUCAGUCCCGAUGAGCUCGAGCUGCUGGCCAAGCUGGAGGAGCAGAAUCGGCUCCUGGAGGCCGAUUCCAAGUCCAUGCGCUCCAUGAACGGCUCCCGGCGGAAUAGCGGCUCGUCGCUCGUGUCCAGCUCCUCGGCCUCCUCCAACCUGAGCCACCUGGAGGAAGACACGUGGAUCCUGUGGGGCCGGAUCGCCAACGAGUGGGAGGAGUGGCGGCGGCGGAAGGAGAAGCUGCUCAAGGAACUGAUCCGCAAAGGCAUCCCGCACCACUUCCGGGCCAUCGUGUGGCAGCUCCUGUGCAGUGCCACCGACAUGCCGGUCAAGAACCAGUACUCGGAGCUGCUGAAGAUGUCCUCGCCCUGUGAGAAACUCAUCCGCCGCGACAUCGCCCGCACCUACCCGGAGCACGACUUCUUCAAGGGCCAGGACAGCCUGGGCCAGGAGGUCCUGUUCAACGUCAUGAAGGCCUACUCACUGGUGGACCGAGAAGUGGGUUACUGCCAGGGCAGCGCCUUCAUCGUGGGCCUUCUGCUUAUGCAGAUGCCCGAGGAGGAGGCCUUCUGCGUCUUCGUGCGGCUGAUGCAGGAAUACCGCCUGCGGGAGCUCUUCAAACCUAGCAUGGCCGAGCUGGGCCUCUGCAUCUACCAGUUCGAGUACAUGCUGCAGGAACAACUUCCAGACCUGAACACCCACUUCCGCUCCCAGAGCUUCCACACGUCCAUGUACGCCUCGUCCUGGUUCCUCACCCUCUUCCUCACCACCUUCCCUCUGCCCGUGGCCACCCGCGUCUUCGACAUCUUCAUGUACGAGGGCCUGGAGAUCGUGUUCCGGGUGGGCCUGGCCUUGCUGCAGGUGAACCAGACGGAGCUGAUGCAGCUGGACAUGGAGGGCAUGUCCCAGUACUUCCAGAGGGUGAUCCCCCACCAGUUCGACAGCUGCCCAGACAAGCUGAUCCUCAAGGCUUACCAGGUCAAGUACAACCCGAAGAAAAUGAAGAGGCUGGAGAAGGAGUAUGCAGCGAUGAAAAGCAAGGAGAUGGAGGAGCAGAUCGAGAUCAAAAGGCUGCGCACGGAGAACCGACUGCUGAAACAGCGAAUCGAGACCCUGGAGAAGGAGAGUGCGGCCCUGGCUGAUAGGUUGAUCCAGGGGCAGGUGACGCGGGCGCAGGAAGCCGAGGAGAACUAUGUCAUCAAGCGGGAGCUGGCGGUGGUGCGACAGCAGUGCAGUUCGGCCACCGAGGACCUGCAGAAGGCGCAGAGCACCAUCCGGCAGCUGCAGGAACAGCAGGAGAACCCGCGGCUCACUGAGGACUUUGUGACCCACCUGGAGACCGAGCUGGAGCAGUCGAGGCUGCGAGAGGCCGAGACGCUGGGCGCCCUGCGGGAGCUGCAGGACAAGGUGCUGGACAUGGAAAAGCGGAACAGCGCGCUGCCCGACGAGAACAACGUGGCGCAGCUGCAGGAGGAACUGAAGGCCCUGAAGGUGCGGGAGGGCGAGGCGGUGGCUUCGGCGCGGGAGCUCAAGCGCCAGCUGCAGGAGCUCGCCGACACCUGGCAGGCGCACCUGUCCCGCGGCGGCCGCUGGAAGGAGUCCCCGCGGAAGCUCGUGGCGGGCGAGCUGCAGGACGAGCUGAUGAGCGUGCGUCUGCGCGAGGCCCAGGCCCUGGCCGACGGCCGCGAGCUGCGGCAGCGCGUGGUGGAGCUCGAGACGCAGGACAACAUCCACCGCAACCUGCUCAACCGCGUGGAAGCGGAGCGCGCGGCGCUGCAGGAGAAGCUGCAGUACCUGGCGGCGCAGAACAAGGGCCUGCAGACGCAGCUCAGCGAGAGCCGCCGCAAGCAGGCCGAGGCCGAGUGCAAGAGCAAAGAGGAGGUGAUGGCCGUCCGGCUGCGGGAGGCGGACAGCAUGGCCGCGGUGGCCGAGAUGCGCCAGCGCAUCGCCGAGCUGGAGAUCCAGCGGGAGGAGGGCCGCAUCCAGGGCCAGCUGAACCACUCGGACUCGUCGCAGUACAUCCGCGAGCUCAAGGACCAGAUCGAGGAGCUGAAGGCGGAGGUGCGGCUGCUGAAGGGCCCGCCGGCCUUCGAGGACCCGCUGGCCUUCGACGGGCUGGGCCUGGCGCGCCACCUGGACGAGGACUCGUUGCCGUCGUCGGACGAGGAGCUGCUGGGCGUGGGCGCGGCGCUGCAGGGCGCCCUGUACCCGCUGUCCCCCCGCGACGCGCGCUUCUUCCGCCGCCUCGAGCGGCCGCCCAAGGACAGCGAGGGCAGCUCGGACAGCGACGCCGACGAGCUGGCCGCGCCCUACAGCCAGGGCCUGGACAACUGAGGCCGUGCCCGGAGGAGCCAGGGCCGGGGGCGCCGCGGGGCUCGGCGCGAACCCCACUUCUGGAACUCCCCGCCCGCAGCCCGCCCCCAGCGCAGCUGGACGCCUAGGGGAGGGCCGGGCCGGGCCUGGACCGCUGGCCCCGGGGGAC